AUGGCGCUCUCUUAUCCUCCUCUCACUGUCCCCUCGUCUCACCCACUCCACUUCCUUCCUUCUUCCUCUGAUCCUCCCUACGACAUUCUUCGAACCCAACCUUCUCUCUCCCUCCUCUCCAAUUGCAAAACCCACCAAUCUCUCCGCGAAAUCCACGCCCAGAUGAUCAAAACGGGACUCCACAACACCAACUACGCUCUCAGCAAGCUUCUCGAGCUCUGCGUUGUUUCCCCACACUUCGACGGGCUUCCUUACGCCGUAUCAGUUUUCGAAACGAUUCAGGAGCCGAACCAGUUGAUUUGGAACACGAUGCUUCGUGGGCACGCCUCGAGUUCGGACCCUGUUUCAGCUCUUGAGCUCUAUGUUCGUAUGGUUUCACUUGGGCAUCUUCCUAACGCUUACACGUUUCCGUUUCUGUUGAAAUCUUGCGCAAAGUCGAAGACUUUUGAGGAAGGGCGACAGAUACAUGGGCAGGUUAUGAAGCUUGGGUGUGAUCUUGAUCGCUAUGUGCACACUUCUUUGAUCUCUAUGUAUGCUAGAAACGGUAGAUUGGAAGAUGCACGUAAGGUGUUCGAUAAAAGUUCUCAAAGAGAUGUAGUUUCCUACACAGCGUUGAUCACGGGUUAUGCGUCGAGAGGUGAUGUUCGAAGCGCACGGAAGGUGUUCGAUGAAAUGUCUGAGAGAGACGUUGUCUCAUGGAAUGCGAUGAUUACAGGGUAUAUCGAAAACGGUGGAUAUGAAGAAGCGUUAGAGUUUUUUAAAGAGAUGAUGAGGAUGAACGUUAGGCCAGACGAGGGUACAUUGGUCAAUGUUGUUUCAGCUUGUGCUCAAUCUGGUAGUAUUGAGUUAGGUCGUCAGGUGCAUUCAUGGGUUGAUGAUGAUCAUGGGUUUGGUUCAAGUCUCAAGAUUGCUAAUGCCCUCAUUGAUUUGUACUCAAAAUGUGGUGACGUGGAUACAGCAUCUGGUCUGUUCGAGAGGUUGUCGUACAAGGAUGUAAUAUCCUGGAAUACUUUGAUCGGUGGUUACACGCAUAAGAAUCUUUACAAAGAGGCAUUGUUGUUGUUUCAGGAGAUGUUGAGAUCAGGUGAAAGUCCAGACGAUGUGACAAUGUUAAGUGUUCUUCCUGCUUGUGCACACCUUGGAGCCAUAGAUAUUGGAAGAUGGAUUCAUUUGUACAUCGACAAGAAAUUAAAGAGUGUUACAAAUGGUUCUGCUCUCCGUACCAGCCUCAUUGACAUGUAUGCCAAAUGUGGAGACAUAGAGGCAGCACAACAAGUGUUCAACAGCAUGAUCUGUAGAAGCUUGUCGUCUUGGAAUGCAAUGAUAUUUGGAUUUGCGAUGCACGGGAGAGCCAAUGCAGCGUUUGAUCUUUUCUCGAGGAUGAGAAAGAAUGGAGUUGAACCAGACGAUAUCACCUUUAUUGGUUUGUUAUCUGCUUGUAGCCAUUCAGGUUUGUUAGACCUAGGACGCCAUAUUUUCAAAUCAAUGACACAUGAAUACAAUAUAGCCCCGAAACUAGAGCACUACGGGUGCAUGAUUGAUCUUCUAGGCCAUUCAGGUCUAUUCAAAGAAGCCGAAGAGAUGAUACAAAGGAUGCCAGUGGAGCCAGAUGGAGUGAUCUGGUGCUCUCUUCUUAAAGCUUGCAAGAAGCAUGGGAAUCUUGAACUUGCGGAAUCAUUUGCACAGAAGCUCAUUAAGAUUGAACCAGAAAACUCAGGUUCUUAUGUACUUCUAUCAAACAUAUACGCCACAGCAGGAAGAUGGGAAGAUGUAGCAAGAAUACGAGCAAUACUAAAUGGUAAACGUUUGAAGAAAGUUCCUGGUUGCAGCUCUAUAGAAAUAGAUUCCGUGGUUCAUGAGUUCAUCAUUGGGGAUAAACUCCAUCCACAGAGUAAAGAAAUCUACGGAAUGUUAGAAGAGAUUGAUGUGCUACUAGAAGAAGCAGGGUUUGUUCCGGAUACUUCUGAAGUGUUGCAAGAGAUGGAAGAAGAAUGGAAAGAAGGAGCAUUGAGACAUCACAGCGAGAAGCUAGCUAUUGCGUUUGGGUUGAUCAGUACCAAACCUGGGACUAAACUUACAAUAGUGAAGAAUCUAAGAGUGUGCAGGAAUUGUCAUGAGGCUACAAAGCUUAUAUCAAAGAUAUACAAAAGGGAGAUUGUUGCUAGAGACAGGACUCGGUUCCACCAUUUCAGUGAUGGUGUGUGUUCUUGCUGUGACUACUGGUAAAAAAAACACAUUAAGAAAAGAUGGUAAAAAUCUAAGAAGAUUCACUUAUGUAAGUUAAGUAUAUACAUGUGAAAGAAUAGCUUUGGGGGAAUCUUUUACUUUGUGUAAUUAUUUAUUUUUCAUGAGAUAAACUAAUUACAAAUUUUAUUUAACAUUUGGAAAGUUGAUAUUUAUA